AUGUCAUCCCAAACCGAAUUGCAGCACAAGUGGUCUGCUGCAAAUGUUAGAGAAACGUUUUUCAACUACUUCAAAUCGUUAGAUCAUAGGUAUGUAGCCUCUUCGUCGGUUAUCCCAUUUGAUGAUCGAUCGUUGUUAUUCACUAAUGCAGGUAUGAACCAAUAUAAACCUAUAUUUCUAGGUAAUGUGGAUCCACAUUCCAAAUUCUACAGUUUGAAGAGUGCAUAUAAUUCUCAAAAGUGUAUCAGAGCUGGUGGUAAGCAUAAUGAUCUCGAGGAUGUCGGAAAAGACUCCUACCACCAUACGUUUUUUGAGAUGUUAGGCAAUUGGUCCUUUGGUGAUUAUUUCAAAAAGGAAGCGAUUGCAUACUCGUGGACGUUACUCACAAAAGUGUACAUGAUCCCAGUCGAUCGACUAUACGUGACAUACUUUGAAGGUGAUCCAAAAUUAAAUUUAGAGCCAGAUCUUGAAACAAGAGACUUGUGGCUGUCGGUCGGUGUCCUUGAAUCUCAUAUCAUACCGGGAGCUACUAAAGAUAAUUUUUGGGAGAUGGGUGAACAAGGCCCUUGUGGUCCUUGCUCCGAGAUUCACUACGAUAGAAUAGGUGGAAGAAAUGCAGCUCACCUAGUUAAUAAGGAUGAUCCAGAUGUUCUGGAAGUAUGGAAUCUGGUCUUCAUGCAAUUUAAUAGAGAAUCCAAUGGCAAACUUAUGGCAUUACCAUCAAAGCACAUUGAUACAGGGAUGGGUUUCGAAAGGUUAGUGUCGAUAUUGCAAAAUGUGAGAUCAAAUUACGAUACAGAUAUCUUCAAGCCCAUCUUUGAGAAAAUAAGAGAAAUUACAAAAGUCAGAGAAUACAAUGGGAAAUUUGGACCAAAUGACGAAAAUGGUAUAGAUACGGCAUAUAGAGUGAUUGCCGAUCAUGCUAGAACUUUGGUCGUUGCACUUGCGGAUGGCGGUAUCCCAAAUAAUGAGGGUGCUGGGUAUGUAUUGAGAAGAAUUCAACGAAGAGGUAUUCGUUAUGUCCACAAAUAUAUGAAUUAUCCAAUUGAAACAUUUUUUUCACAACUGGCUCCAACCAUCAUCGAACAGUUUAAAGACGUUUUCCCUGAAGUAGCGAAGAACCCUGAACAUAUUUAUGCAAUAUUAAAUGAAGAGGAAAAGGCAUUCGCAAAAACAUUGGACCGUGGAGAAAAAUUAUUCACCCAAUAUGCUUUAAAGGCCCAGGAAUCAAGUGACAGAAUGCUAAAUGGUACAGAUGUGUGGAGGUUAUAUGAUACUUUUGGAUUCCCUUUGGAUUUGACACAACUUAUGGCCUCUGAAUUGCAGCUAAAUAUUGAUAGGACCGGAUUUGAGAAAGCUAAACUACAAUCGUAUGAAGCUUCGAAGAGAAGAAAAGACAAUAAGGAAGCUGACCAAAUGAAACUAAAUAUUCAUGACAUCUCGAAACUAAAUGAUGAAAACAUAUUAAAAACUGAUGAUUCCUUCAAGUAUGGAAGUUCUGAUAUCUCCGGUAACAUUUUGAGAUUGUUUAAUGGUACUAGCUUUGUGGACAAAAUUGAGAAAGCUGACACAGUAUAUGGGGUUAUCUUAGAUAAAACAUGUUUUUAUGCUGAGCAAGGUGGUCAAAUUUAUGAUACAGGAUCAAUAACUUUGGAUAAUAAAAAUACAAGCUUUACUGUGCAAAAUGUGCAGGUAUACAAUGGUUACGUCCUACAUUCUGGUAUAUUAAAUGAAGGUUCAUUGGAAGUUGGAGACAAAGUAACGCUUUCUUAUAAUGAAUUACGCCGUAAUGCUAUCAAGGCGAAUCAUACUGCUACACAUGUGUUAAACUAUGCUUUAAGAUCAGUAUUGGGGAAUGAAGUAGAGCAACGAGGUUCUUUGGUCAGUGCAGAGAAACUAAGAUUUGACUUCUCUAAUAGGAAGGCUUUAUCGCUGGAUAACAUUAUGAAAAUUGAAGAAAUAUGUAAUGGAAUAAUACAGAGGGAAGAUGAUGUUUAUUUCAAAAACAUCUCAUUAGAAAAGGCUAAACAAAUAAAUUCUAUUAGAACUGUACCUGGAGAGGAUUAUCCAGAUCCUGUUCGGGUCGUAUCUGUUGGCCAGGCUAUCGAAACUUUAACAUCUGACUCUGAUGGUCUAACUUUACCAAAUCCAGUAGAACUUUGUGGAGGGACCCAUGUUUCUAAUACGCUCUUUAUUGGGAAACUGAUUUUAACUGAAGAAACCAGUAUUGCAAAAGGAAUCAGACGUAUUUCAGCUGUCACUGGAGAAGCAGCAGUAACAGCUGAGAGAUCUGCUAUUGAGUUUAGAGAUACAUUGGAAUAUAUUAGCAAAAUAAAGUCGUUUACUGAAAAGCAACAGAAACUAAAAGAAGCAGGUGUUCUAGUAAACAAAUUAGAAAUAGGGAUAGUAAGUAAGCAUAAAUUGAAAGAUCAAUGGGAAUUAAUGAACAAAGAAGUGAAGCAUGCCUUGAAGUUAGAGGCCAAAAAACAUUAUGAAGAGGCGAAAUCAAUAGUAGAGGACUACUUCAAAAAUAACGAGUCAGCAACAUACUUGGUUACACAUAUUGCUAUGCAAGCAUCAAUGAAAAUCGUAAGUGAAUUACUCAACCUCUUCAAUAAUCGGAAAGUCGAUAGAUCAUUAUUCAUUAUUAUGGGUGAUGCAGAGAAAGUCGUAUACGGGUGUUACAUAAGUGAAAGCGCUAAAACGAAAGGUGUUUCAGGUGAAAUAUUGAUUAAUAAAUGCAAUGAUUUAUUAAAAGGUAAAGGUGGAGGCAGAGGAAAUUUAUAUCAAGGUCAAGGUAACACUAUUGGCCAGGCUCAAAAAGCCGUCUCUUCAUUAAACGAAAUAUUUCAAGAAGGAUUGAUGAGUAAAUAA